AUGUUCUCCCGCUUCACCGCCGUCGCCGCCGUCGCGGCUUCCGCGUCCGUCCUGGCCAUGAAGGCUACCUCCAUCAAGGAGACCACCGCCAGCACCGGCCCCGGCCCUCGUGCCCUCUUCCGCCAGUUUGCCCUGCACAAUGACGCCGCCCCGGUCCAGCCGGUCCUGCCGGUGUCUGACGCCGAGGCUGCUGCCACCGCGGCCCUGGAGGACAAGCCCGAGGUCACCACCCCUCCGCCUCCGCCUGCCCCGCCGGCCAACCCGUACGCCGACGCGGUCACCCUCCCCGGUGGCAACCUCCGGGCCAAGUAUGUUCUUGUUGGUACCGGUACCGCCUCCUACUCUGCCGCGGCGGCCAUCAUGGAGCGCGACCCGACUGCCGUCAUCAUCAUGAUUGGCGAGGAUGUCGAGGUCCCCUACGCUCGGCCCCCCAUCACCAAGGAGCUCUGGUUCAGCCAGGACCCGGACGUCGUCGACACUCUGAACUACUGCGACUGGGCCGGCAACGAUGUGACCCUCCACUACCAGCCGCCCACCUACUACACCUCCCUCAAGGCCAAGGGUGACACGCCGAUUGUCCUGCUGAACGGCGUGCGCGCUGUCGACCUGGACCUGAAGCAGCGCUUCGUCCUCCUGGCCGACGGUCGCAAGGUCUUCUUCGACCAGGUUCUCCUGGCCACCGGUGGUACUCCGGCCACCCUCCCGGCUGCCAAGGCCCUGCCCGAGCAUGCCAAGCAGCAUGUCACCACCCUGCGCACGGUGGCCGACUACCGCAAGCUGUACACCAAGCUGGUCGGCGAUGCCAAGGCCACCGCUGCGGCCGCCGUUGCUGCCACCACCCCGGCCGAGGGUGCCGAGGCCGAGAGUGCCGCCUCCGCUCCCACCCCGGCCGCCCCUGUGGCCCAGAAGCAUGUCGUCGUCAUCGGCGGCAGCUUCCUUGGCUCGGAGGUUGCCUGCGCCCUGGCGCAGCAGCGCACCCCCAAUGGCGAGGCUCCCAUCAAGGUGACCCAGGUCUUCCCGGAGGAGGGCAACAUGGGCCGGGUCUUCCCCCGCUACCUGACUAACUGGACUACUGGCAAGAUGCGCCAGCUCGGUAUCGACAUCCGUUCCAAGUCCCUCCUGGCCGAGAAGGCUGGCCUGGAGCUGGACGAGAAGCGCGGUGGUAUCCUGGUGAACGCCGAGCUCGAGGCUCGCUCCGGUGUCUUUGCUGCCGGUGAUGUGACCUCCUUCCAUGACAUCGCCCUCGGGCGCCGGCGCAUCGAGCACUACGACCAUGCGGUCCUGACCGGCCGUGUGGCCGGCGAGAACAUGACCGGUGCUCGGAGCCCCUACAGCCACCAGUCGAUGUUCUGGUCGGAUCUCGGCCCGAAGAUCGGCUACGAGGCCAUCGGCAUUCUGGACCCGGCCCUGACCACGGUCGGCAUCUGGGCCAAGGGCCGGCCCAGCGACACCCCGCAGGCGGCCACCUCGGCCGGGGACAACAUCCGUUCGGCUGUGGCCGACCCGAGCAAGCUGUCUGCCUCGUCGGUGGCCGACGAUGCGGCGGCCGUUGCCGCGGCCGAGGCCUCCCAGGUUGCCACCCCGCCGCCGCCGCCGCCCGCCGAGCACGAGACCUACGGCAAGGGCGUGGUUUUCUACCUGAACAAGCGCCGCCAGGUGGUCGGCAUGCUGCUGUGGAACAACUUCGGCCAGGUGGGCAAGGCCCGCAACAUCAUUCUCGAGGGCCGUGAGUGGCACGACCUCACCGAGCUGGCCCGCCUGUUCAAGGUCAACGAGUAA